AGUCACUACAAGAUGUAUCCCGAAAAGGUGACUUAGCGUCCACAUGGAUGUCGCAUCUAUCAUGAAUAUUACAUUCUUAGACCUUAUUCCUGAUGAUCUACAAUGUCGUCUGAAAGCAGGCAAUGGAUGCGGCAAUGCGCACUCAGGACUCGAGUGCACGCGUACCGAAAAUGCCCUUGAUUACUUCUGCCAAUUGAACAAACAUACGCAUAAUGAAACAUCCUAUAGUUGCUUCAAAUGUUCUAAUAACAGCAUGGAUUAUAAUCUUAACUAUACAGUAUGUGACGGUAAAUUAAAAAUCAAUAUGCUCUACAUCUUCGAAAGCGCAAUUAAAACAUUUUGGUUAAAACUACCUCAAUUUGAUAUCUGUGAUUGGGACACUUUAUUCUGUUACGACGAUCGGACGUUAUACAUGGACGUUAAUGAUAGUGGUUAUAAUAAUAGUGACGUGCAAAAUGUUCAAUGUAAGUGGAACGUGAAGAAUUUUACGAUAAAUUCAUUGGAAUCUGUCGGUUAUGAAUGGAGCUUUUUGUUCGUAAUACUGUUUAUAAUAGCGGGCGGCGUUGGGAAUAUUCUGGUAUGCUUGGCGGUCUGCUUAGAUAAGAGACUUCAAAAUGUCACAAACUACUUUCUGCUGUCGCUGGCGAUAGCGGACUUGCUCGUUAGUUUGUUCGUAAUGCCCAUGGGUGCAAUCCCUGGAUUUCUAGGUUACUGGCCACUGGGCGUUGUGUGGUGCAAUGUGUACGUGACUUGCGAUGUGCUGGCGUGUUCAGCGAGCAUUAUGCACAUGUGUUUUAUUAGCAUCGGCAGGUACCUUGGUAUACGUAAUCCGCUCAAAAGCCGUCACCAUUCCACUAAGAGAGUAGUUGUAAUUAAAAUUGCUCUCGUUUGGCUUCUCAGUAUGUUCGUAUCCAGCUCAAUUACAGUUUUAGGUAUUAUAAAUCAAACUAAUAUAAUGCCGACACCGGAGCUGUGCGUGAUUAACAACCGUUUGUUCUGGGUGUUCGGCUCACUGGUGGCGUUUUACAUUCCAAUGCUGAUGAUGGUGGUAUCAUUCGCACUAACUGUUCAAUUACUGAAACGACAAGCUUUAUUGGCAGCUACGCCUGUACCAGGAGGAACUCAAAGAAGACAAUGUGGAGGUUUCGACAAUGGCCCUUCUCAAGGUCCAAGACGUAUAGGUGCUAAGAGCUCCCCGGACUUAUCACCAAGUGGGAAUUCUUCGAGGCAUAUGACAUGGAGGAUAACUUCAACUAACAGAGGCCAAAGAAAUAAGAUUGGUAUGAGCGUCUCCAACCCUCAGCUAAGCUAUAUGAACGGGUGCGGAAACGGUGCGGGGUCGUCACGGAGAGGACGCGACGUAGCCACGCAGACGCCAGCGAGCAUAGCCGCGGAGACAAGGCGGGCACGUUUGAGACCGUUGAAGUUAAAUAUUGCACCACCUAAUGCUCUCAAUUUAAGGUUUCUUACUAAUCGGAAGAAAGGAAGAUCAUUAUCAGCGAAUGCAGUUGCCAAUGAACAAAAAGCUACCAAAGUUCUUGGUCUAGUCUUUUUUACAUUUGUGUUGUGCUGGGCACCAUUUUUCUUGCUCAAUAUAUUAUUUGCAUCAUGUCNUUUGAUUUUGCUUACAGACCACAUAGUCAACGUUUGUUUAUGGCUGGGUUACGUGUCUUCUACCAUUAAUCCGAUCAUCUACACUGUAUUCAACAGAACCUUCAGAGCUGCAUUCUUGAGGCUUCUGAAGUGUCAUUGCAGCAGACGAGGUCAUUGCACUCGCUACAUAUCAGGCGGAUCAACUCGUGGUGCGUCACAGCUGUGUGCGCGCUCAGCCCUGCCGCUGGCUAUAUCACUUCGACCUUCUGUGAUGCCAACCACUUCAUCCGGGGGACAGGACACUACAGAGUCGGUUCUCAUUGAGACUCCCCUACCAGGAUUUAAUAUGCGAUAUUAA